AACAGUUUUAAGGAUGCCAUUUACAAACAGCCGACGUUCUGCGGUUCAUCUGUCGUACAAAGUAUUUGGAGAAACUGACGUGGAUCCGGAUGAACCACCUAUAUUUCUCUUCCACGGUCUGCUUGGCUGUAAGAAACAUUGGGAUGCCUCGGCAAAAACGAUGGUAAGUAUGACCAGACGAGCUGUUGUUGGUGUGGACCUUCGUAACCAUGGCGACAGUCCACACGUUUCUACGCACAGAUACAAUGAUAUGGCUGAAGACAUUCUUCUACUGUUUGACAAGCUGUCCGUUAAAAAGGCGUCGGUAGUAGGACACGGAAUGGGCGGAAGAGCUAUUAUGUAUUUAUCGUUAUUAGCUCCUGAUAGAAUAUCCGGGCUUCUUGUUGUGGAUAUAUCUCCGGUGUCCUCGUGUAUACAUUUCACCGAGCAUAUGCUAAAAGUAAUGAUGGCUAUGGCAGAAUUUUCAUUCAAGAAACAAAGCAAAGUUGACGAAGCGAAGCACGAAGUCAUGAGAAAGCUGAAAAAUGUUGUGAGCGAUGAACUAAUAAUGGACGCAGUACUUUCAAAUGUUAUUAAGAAAAAGGAGGGUAAUAUUGGCUGGCGAUGCAAUGUUGAAGUGAUGAUCAAGGAUUAUCGUUAUAUCGCGACAUUUCCAAAAUAUCGAAACAAAAAAUUCUUUGGGCCAACACUUUUUCUUGGAGGGCAGCUGUCUGAAUACAUUCCGCCAGAUGAUCUAACUGGUAUACGAGAGCUAUAUCCUCGCGCUGUCAUCUCAUAUAUUCCACAAUCUGGACAUAUUCUGUAUUUAGAGGAUCCGAAGACUUUCUUGGAAAUAUCUAUAGCGUUCCUCAAAACGAUACGUAGCAUGUAGGACCGUCUUAUGAAGGUCCAACCUACCUCAAAAUUAUUGACAUGAAAUGAAUUUUUAUUGACGUAAAACAUGGCGUGAUGUGUCAAUUGAUCGCAAGAAAAGGUGUUAAAAGAUAUUUACGCGCAUCAAUUAUGAGGGCAUGGAAUGAGUUUAAUAUGUUUCACGAUUGCUAAAUUACAUUCGAGACAUUUUAUUCAUAUUAUAACGAGAACUGCCGUUGACUUGGCCUACAAAGUUCACGGCAAAGGGAGUUUCAACAACGAUACGCCCGUUAUUGUGAUACAUGGCUUGUUGGGUAUGAAGAAGAAUUGGGAGAGUGUAUCGAAAAAUAUAAAUGAAAGUAUAAAUCGGAGUGUUGUCGCUGUAGAUGUCAGAAAUCACGGUCAUAGUCCGCAUACAGCAACGCACACAUAUCCGGAAUUAGCAGCUGAUAUUUCCAAGCUUAUGGAGAAAUUGUCCAUUAAACGGGCAGAUAUAAUUGGACACAGCAUGGGUGGCCGAACCGGUAUGGCUCUGGCCUUGACCGAGCAAUCAAAAGUUAAUCGCCUAGUCGUGGUGGACAUAUCUCCAGUUUCAACUGCAGGUGUUCUAAACAAUUUCUUUCCGAAGCUAAUUGAUGUCAUGAUCUCCAUCGACUUCCAAGAUGUUGAAAACAUCAGCCAGGCACGAUCUAAGGCUAAAGCAGGGCUCGUUGCAUCGGGGAUUGUCGAAGCCGACACGUCUGGAUUUCUUCUCAUGAACGUUGGGUUCAAACCGGAUAAUACCAUAGGUUGGCUAUGCAAUCUACAAGUCCUGAAGGAUUAUUUUACGGAUAUAGCAAACUUUCCUAAGGAUUUACUCACGAAGAAAUUUGACCGUCCAACUCUUUUUGUUGGCGGAGGCGAAUCAAAUUAUAUUCCACAUGAAGAUUUACCGGGAAUAAGAAAUCUGUUUCCAAAUGUCCAAGUUAAAUACGUGGCUAAUGUGGGCCAUAAUGUUCACGCUGAAGACCCAAAAUCCUUUCUCAACAUUGUCAUACCAUUUUUAUCUAAAUCUUAGAGAAAAUAUUAUUAUUUUAUUUAUUCUAUACCUAUGUAAUUUUGUACGAAUGGUUGCAUGUAAGAUAUCAUUAUAUUUAUUAUUUUGGAA